UGCCAUUCACCAGAGAAACAUGUGCACUUCUUCCCAUGCUCAGUUUCUGGAAACCCAGAGCUGUGAACACUAUUGAUCACUGUCUCUCAAUGAGAGGAUUACCAAGGAUUCAGACAAGGGCUUGGACGCUUACCGUUCUGUCUGUCCAGCUGGGUGACGACUUAAUGAGCUGAAGAGUCAAAUAUUGGUGCACAAUUGGAAAUUGGUACUGCUGCAUAAUGGGUUACAAAGCGACAUCCAUGCAUUGUGUCUUGAGAUGCCUGUGCUUCAUGCUUCUCCAUUUGUUUAGUGCCGCUCAAGAUGAAGACAUAAGAAGUUGUAGGACAGCACCAUGUGACUUGGUCUUUAUUUUAGAUGGCUCGUGGAGCGUUACAGACGUCAAUUUUGAAAUAGUAAAGCUCUGGCUCGUCAAUAUAACCACAGCCUUCAACAUUGGACAGAAGUUUACCCAGGUUGGAGUUGUCCAGUACAGCGAUGACCCCGUUUUAGAAAUACCUCUGGGGAAGCACUACUCCACCAAAGAUCUCAUCCAAGCAAUGGAGUCCAUUGAUUACAUGGGGGGAAACACAAGGACAGGCACAGCCAUUAAGUUUGCAACGGACAAACUGUUUGGCCUCUCUGAACGUGGCCCAAUAGGCAUUUCCAGAAUCGCUGUUGUCCUCACAGACGGGAAGUCUCAAGAUGAGGUUUUGAAGGCAGCAGAGGCAGCAAGGAAAAAAGGAGUAAUUCUGUUUGCAAUUGGUGUUGGUUCAGAGACAGAAGAGGCCGAGUUGAGGGAUAUUGCGAACAGGCCAUCUUCAACUUAUGUCUUCUCUGUCGAGGACUACAAGGCUAUUUCCAGGAUUAUACAGGUCAUACGACAGAAACUGUGUGAAGAGACUGUUUGUCAAGCAAAAAUCCCCAUUGAUUCCCGUGACGAGAAGGGUUUUGAUAUUCUGUUACAUUUAAAUUUGGCCAAAAAGGCCAAGAAAACACAAGCAUUUUAUGGCAUCAAUGCGUAUGAAGUGACGUCUCGUCUCGACUUGAGCGAAGCGACAAGAAAUCUUUUCCCCGAUGGCCUGCCUCCGUCGUAUGUGUUCGUGGCCACGGUGAGGUAUAAAGGGUCUGUGGCAGCUGAGGAGUGGGACCUGUGGAGAAUCCAGAAGAGCGAUGGGACGACACAAAUGGCAGUGACUCUGAAUGGGCUUGACCGCUCUGUCAUGUUCACCACAACCAGCGAAGCACCGAGUGGAACGCAGACAGUUACGUUUUCCCACCUGACAGAAAAGCUGUUUGAUGAGAAGUGGCACCAGCUGAGGCUGCUGGUCACUGAGGAGGAUGUGACUCUUUACGUCGACGACACGGUAAUAGACACUUUGUCCUUGGAGCCCCCUAUUGGCAUCUUCAUCAAUGGAAAAACCCAAGUUGGGAAAUAUUACAGAAAGGAAACAACAGUGCCAUUUGAAAUUCAGAAACUUCGCAUCUACUGCGACCCAGAGCAGAAUAACCGAGAGACUGCGUGUGAAAUACCUGGAGUGUGCUCGAACAGUCCUGAUUACACUGAACCCACUAAAGAACCUUGCGUUUGUCCGGCUGGACCACCUGGACCUCCAGGAAUGAAGGGAGAACAAGGAAGCGCUGGCAAACCUGGUCAGCCUGGACCUGCUGGUGCUGAUGGUAAGCCUGGUUUCCCUGGUAUUAGAGGGACUCCGGGGCUGCCAGGUUCACCAGGAGUAGAGGGACAGCCUGGGCCACGUGGGUACAAAGGGGAGCAAGGAAGGCUUGGUGUUACGGGUCCCAGGGGUAUGCCUGGAUUACAAGGAUCUCCCGGGAAACCAGGAGAGAAGGGCUCUGAAGGAUCAUCAGGUCCUGCAGGGCUACCAGGGAAACAUGGCCAAGUGGGUGAAAAGGGAAGCGUGGGACCUCCUGGGCCACCUGGUUAUUCAGGAGAGCCUGGCCAACCUGGGAGAGAUGGAAAGGAAGGACUUCCGGGGAGUCCUGGUCAAAAGGGAGAAUCCGGUGCCAGUGGCAUUCCUGGACUUGAUGGAAGCGCAGGACAUCCUGGUUUACCUGGAUUACCAGGAACUGCAGGCCUGGACGGACAAAAGGGGGAAGCAGGUUCACCUGGCCUUAAGGGCUUUAAAGGAUCGUCUGGCCCUCCUGGUGAUCUGGGUUUACCUGGUGUACCUGGUUUGACAGGACCAACUGGACAAAAGGGGAAUAAGGGUGAAAGUGGAAGUCCAGGAAUACGAGGAACGCCAGGCCCUUUGGGGAACACAGGGGAACCAGGAGGAGCAGGUCAGCCAGGCCACCCUGGCAUGCCAGGCCUGAAGGGCAGCAAGGGACAAAGGGGAAAUCUAGGUGAAAGCGGAGUGACGGGACUAAAAGGUGAAAAAGGAGGACAUGGUCGACCGGGGGAUCGAGGCUCCGCUGGUCUAACAGGAUUUAAAGGAGAGAAAGGGACAGCAGGUGAUCCAGGGCAGAGAGGUCAAGAAGGCCAAAUGGGACGUCCUGGACAGCCGGGUCAAUCAGGCCAACCUGGCCCACGGGGGCAGCAGGGGGACACUGGUCCAGCUGGCCCACCUGGACCAGAAGGCAGAUCCGAAAGUGCCAUGUCGGACAGUCACAUCCGGCAAAUCUGCAGAGAUAUUCUUCAGGCCGAGCUGCCUUUGUUGUUGAUGAGCAACCAGCAGAGUAGCUGCUCCCGAUGCCAAAGUCGGCCUGGAUCUCCAGGUACUCCGGGUCUACCUGGGCCCCAGGGACUCAGGGGUCUUCCUGGACUCAGUGGCUCCAGGGGUCAGCCAGGCCACCUGGGUCGGCCAGGGCGUCCUGGUAUCAUCGGGCUCAAAGGAGAACCAGGCUUCAAGGGUGAGAGGGGGAAUCCUGGUCCAACCAGGAUGGGAGAUCAAGGACCACCUGGACCACCAGGUCCAAUGGGUCCCCAGGGAUAUGGUAAGCCUGGUCCUCCAGGUAAUUCUGGACCUCCAGGUGUAAAUGGAGCAGAGGGUAAGGGUGGUAAUCCUGGCAUCCCUGGCCAGACUGGAGUGUGUGAUCCAUCCAUGUGUUAUAGUGGCAUGAUGAGGCGGGAUCCUUACAGCAAAGGGCCAAACUAUUGACAUGGUUACUGCAGGCACCAGUCCAGAGCUGAUGUGGAACAAGCAGCUAUUCUCAGGAAGAUCUCAUCCUUACAGUUCCUCUCCUGUCAUGGAAACAAAACGGACCUCUUGUGACACCUUGUGUGUGAUCUCAGACUGUCAACAAAACUCCUGUCACAUUUUAUCCUUUGUUUUUUUUUGUGUGUGUGUUUGUGUGUUUUUUUUUUAAAUUGUUCAUGUCUUUGAACAUAACUUUAGAGGUUUUAAUGGUGUUAAGAGAACUAACAAUAACAAUUGGCUCCAGUUAAUUCUCCUCUGAUCACCUUGGACUCAUGUAUGUAUUAGUGUUUGGAUCUCUUUCAGUGCAGUAUGGCUGGUACAUUUUACCAUAUUGCCCCCUGGUGUUGCUUUGUUGCAUGUCACUGCCUCAAUUUUCAAAGGUAAAGUGAAUGGGUGCUAUUAAACAGAGAACAGAAAAUGACAAAUACAACUUCUAUCCUUAAUAACUUCUACGCUCAGUGAUUUCACCAUAAAUUAUGUCAGAAUUCAUCAUUUUUCAGCACAAAACUGUGAGUUUGAUUUCCUGUAGCUGGUUAUAAGCUGCUGUAAGCCUGUGUUCCUGAUGCAUCCAGUUUGACUGAUAAACACUUAAAGCCUUUUUUACGUAAGCUAAUACUGUGUAUCAUAUAAGAUAAAUAAUACCUCCCCCUA